CCUUCCUUCCCUCCCUCCGCUCUGACAGCCGAGCCGCCAGCAGGACGCUUCCAGCAGGUUCAUCCAGAGACUUCCAGCCGCCGUUGGUACCACCACACCUUUCGGGCAUUUCUGCAGACUGCGAAAGAAAUUCACAGCCCGACUUCUGUUUAAAUAUUUACGGCAAUGCCCACGAUAAAACUACAGAGCUCCGAUGGGGAAAUCUUUGAGGUGGACGUCGAGAUAGCUAAACAGUCCGUCACCAUCAAGACCAUGUUAGAAGAUUUGGGAAUGGACGACGAGGGAGAUGACGACCCAGUGCCCCUCCCUAAUGUCAAUGCUGCCAUCCUAAAGAAGGUGAUUCAGUGGUGUACUCAUCACAAAGAUGACCCCCCUCCUCCCGAGGACGACGAGAACAAGGAGAAGAGGACGGAUGACAUUCCAGUUUGGGACCAGGAGUUCCUCAAAGUGGACCAAGGCACUUUGUUUGAGCUCAUUCUGGCCGCUAACUAUUUGGACAUCAAAGGCCUCUUAGAUGUCACCUGCAAGACAGUGGCCAACAUGAUCAAAGGCAAAACCCCAGAAGAGAUCAGGAAGACUUUCAACAUCAAAAAUGAUUUUACAGAGGAGGAAGAGGCCCAGGUACGCAAAGAGAACCAGUGGUGUGAAGAAAAAUAAUGGGUGAAUCCUGCCAACACUACCACACUGAAAAGGAUUGUCCCUGCUUACUGGUUGCACUGGCGUUGUUCAUACUUGUUAAUAUUUACUUUUAGGAUAUCGACAGCCACUUUGCUCUCUAGUUCCCCUUCAUUUCCGUAUCCCAGUAAUAGCAUGACCAUUUUAUCUUGCCUGUGUGGUGUCAUUAAUUCAAAGCUAACACGCUUAUUACUGUUUUCACACUCAUGUUGUGGAGCUACAUAAAAUAUAGUCCUGUUUUCAUGGCUUUGUACCCUUAAAAAGAAGAAAAAAAAA